AUGUUACGCGAGCGAGUGGACCAACGUAUUUUGCACGUCUGUAGAUAUGCUUUUGUGGUUUUCAUCAGCGACCGUUCUGUCGAAUAUCUAGUUCAUCGGUGCAUUUAUAAGCAGGGAAAGCUGAAUAUCGUUUUGAAAAAUGGCGAAAAAGACAUCAAAGCGGUGCAAGUAAGACCUUGGGCUCUUAAAGAUCAAGUAUACUAUGUGACAGGCAAACCCUUACUUUCUGAUCGAUAUUCCGUUUUCAUCGGUGGUGUACCGCGUACAACAACUGCAGCGGAACUGGCAAUGCUACUUCAGCAGACUAUCGGUGACAUUGUAUAUGUUUCAUUGGAGGUCGAUGCUGAUACGAAGUAUCCAAAAGGAGCAGCUCAAGUGGUUUUUGAUAGCCGUGAAUCCUAUCUUCAAGCGAUUGCAAUGCGCCUGAUAACAUUAACGACAUCUGAUCAGGUGAAAGAAAUAGAGAUAAAGCCAUAUCUGAUGGACGGUGCUCAAUGCGAGAUGUGCAACAUUUCUGAUGCUCGAUAUUUAUGUCCAGAACUUUGCUGCCUCAUCUAUUUGUGCGAACCGUGCUGGAAUGAUGUGCACAAACGACGCGGCUUGCUACAUCAUAGACCAAUGACCAAAACAAAGCCAGGAAGCCCAAUGAGAAACAUUUCGAACUGUAUCACUGCAUUCCCUUUCUUAAAUCCAUCCAUGGAUCACCUAAAUCACAAUCACAGCGGCCUUCGUUCAAAUAAUCACCAACAAUUAUGCCACUGCAGAGUACGUGAAGCGCUUCCGCUUCAGCACUUGUUGCAGCAGUACAUUUUGCAAGCUAAUCUUCCACCAUGUCAUCCUCCAUUCAUUUGA